CGCCUAUAGGGUGGUACUCUAAAUUUACUCAAUCCGUUACUUCUGGGUGGGAACAUGCAGCUGCUAGACACUUCACAGCAUGUAGAGGAAUGGGGAUUGCAAAAGGGAAUUGCUAUUACGUACCUAGUGACAACGUCAUUGAGUAUUCUUGGAUCAUUGUCAAUCGUUAUAUUUGUGCUACUGAGGGGCAAAGUGACUCGUGAGCAGGUUUUGCCAGUAUUUCACAUUGCAGCGGCAGACUGUAUUGCAUCAUGCAGUCUUUUUGGAAACACUGUGGCCUACCUGCUAGUAACUCGCAGUCAAGUCUCUGCAUCACCCAAUUUGAACGUCUCGCAAAACACAUUUAAUGACACAAUUAAGAGCUGUAGACUAGCAAGUGGAGCAGUGUUGUGUUGCUACUCCAUCACGUUUCUUCUCACACUAGCUUAUGCACUCUACUGGUACCUAACUAUCAGAAGCAAACUGAAAGUGGGUGUUGUUAACACGUCUGAAAACACACCACUGACUGGCUACAAUGACAAAGUUCGAUAUCGACUAUCAAGGAUUAUUUACUUUACAGCCUGGUUGCUGCCUGUUCUUGUGGCCAUAGUUGUUGCUGCAGUUUACGAAUUAGUCGUCUUACCAAGAGACAGAGAUAGAGGUGUAGGAGAAUUAUACCGAAGUCAAAUCUGGUGUAUUGAUGGUUGUCUUUCUUUGUUCAACAAUGGGUUUCAGAAAUGCCACACUACUAAGGAGCCUGAUACCUGGUUUGCAGUAUACAGACUUCUUUUUCAUGGUGUACUGCUCCUUGUACUAAUAACAAAUGUAAUAUUGUAUUACCUAAUCGUCAGAAUGUCAAAACUAAGUAUUCAACAAGAAGGAAUGCUAAAUGGUUUUCAGAGGGAAAGGCUAAAGAAUACACGUUGGAGAGUAUAUGGAUAUCAGAUUGUAUUUCUCAUCUGUUGGACUCCAAGUUUGAUAUUGGCAGUCUCGACAACAGUAGAAUGGGCCACAGAGUCUUCACUCUACUUAGGAAAGAAAAAGGAUCUUAUAACACCAGUUUAUUACUUUGUUCUCUACUACUUACAGGCUGUUACAGCCCCUCUGCAGGGAUUUCUCAAUGCUAUUGUCUAUGGAUGGAAACGAGAAGUUUUCAGAAGGCUUCUGACACUAAAUAGUUGCUGCAAUAAACGUUGACUGGACAGCAGCUUACUAAGGUAAAGAUCGACAACAAUCCUGAACAACCGAUUGAGUUUUGCUAUUAUUGUUAUAACUAUUACCAUUUUGUAGUCUCAUAUUUCAUAGUUUCAAAUGAGAUGUUUACAACACACAUGCUAAUAGUUGGUA